AUUACGGUAGCAACCGGUAUUGUGAGAAACGUAUCGUCUUAAUCAGAAUGUAAAUAAUAAACGCGACCACCUUUAAGUGUUGUUUUCUGAGGGGAAAAUAUGAGUUCGCCAUUUCGUAGUUUGUUGUCUGGGGGGCGGUCGCCCCUUCCACGUUUUAGAGCUUCAGAUAGAUGGACCAGCAAAUCCUUUAAAGGGAUUUCAAACCAGGUUAAAGAGUACAUUGCACGUUAUCCGUCUGUUCUAGAGGAUUUUCUUUUACAUAGUAAUGUAUCUGCUGAAUACCUUCAGGAUGUCUUAGUGAAGAAAACCAAAGCGAUCAAAAAGAACAAUUCUGUGUAUAAACAGAAACGUGCCGCAAGUUAUAUCAUAAAAUAUUCGUCUGAGAUUGGAAUAGAAGAGUUAUGCCAUCGAAUAAUAACAAGUUCUAAAGAUGACGAACUUUGUGUAAGGAUUUAUGAAAUUUGUCAAAUUAUCGGACACAAAGUGGAUUCGGACGUUGACAGGCUAUACGUUACAAGGCCAAACGGUGUAGACCUGGCACUGUUCGAACCUGAAAAGAAGUUUAAAAUUGUCGGUCCUGUUGGGAGGCAGUUAACAGUAUCCGCGCAUGUCGCCGUCGAGAAAAAGGCACUCAACAUCAUGGAUUUGCCACAGGAUUCGAGAUUUCCAAAAGGUAUAGCCCUAGGUGAUGACACUGCGCACCAUGUCAUGGCCAUACCAGUUCUUCUAGAUGACGGACGAUGUUUUGCUGUAGCGGAAUUUUCGCGUGGAUGGACAGAAAGCUGUUUCACAAAUGAAGAUUUUGAACUUACAAACGCAAUAUUUAGCUGGGUCAACGCGUGUGUUCAGAAAAUCAAUAUUAACAAGAUGAUGAGAAUCCAGGAAGCUUUGAACGAUUUUCUCUUGGAGACGACGAAAGUAAUGUUUGACGAUAUGUACAAUAUAGACCAGCUUAUUAACCACAUCAUGAUCUUCACCAAGAACCUCGUCUCCGCCGACAGAUGUGCCCUGUUCCUAGUCGAUGAUGAAAGGGGAGAAUUAUUUGCUGAUAUCUUUGACGAUGGUGAAAAAGAAGACGAUGGAACAACAAAGUUAACAAAGAAAUCUCCAAUCAGAUUCCCCAAAAAUAAAGGGAUAGCAGGACAUGUCGCUGAAACUGGCGAGAUCGUGAAUAUAAAAGACGCCUACAAAGAUGACCGAUUCAACCCGGAUAUAGACAAGAAGACCGGGUACCAUACCAAAAACAUCCUCUGUAUGCCAAUUUCCGGGAAACAAGGUGUGAUAGGAGUUGUUCAAAUGAUUAAUAGGAUUGACGGCAAUUAUUUCACAAAAGAUGACGAGGAGUCGUUCAAGUUAUUCGCUGUUUAUUGUGCGUUAGCACUUCAUUAUUCCAGAAUUUACAGUAUUCUUACACGUAAACAAAACAUGUACAAGGUUGCUAUGGAAGUGUUAGAAUUCCAUAUUUCCAGCACAGAGGAGGAUGUAGUGACACUGAAAUCUGAGUAUCGUCUGCCAGAUGAAAAGAUUCCGGCAGAUUUCUACACCUUUGAUUUCUGUGCAUACGAUUAUAACGAAAUUUUGCCACAUCUGUACAUUAAAAUGAUCCACAACACGUUUGGUGAUGAUCGGUUCAAAAUAGACACACUUUGUAGAUUUACACUCACUGUCCGCAAGAAUUACCGUCCGGUCUCGUACCAUAACUGGGAACAUGCGUUUCACGUCGCUCACGCCAUCUGGCGCAUGAUUAUAACGUCAAAAGGCAAAAAGUUCACAUUUCAUGAGAAGAUAGCUCUUCUCGUUGGUGCAAUUUGCCAUGAUAUUGACCACCGUGGAUACAACAACGAUUUCAUGAAGAAAAUGGACCUUCCCCUCGCAGCCCUGUACUCCUCGUCCAUUAUGGAAAGCCACCAUUACCACCAGACGAUAACUAUUUUGCACGCGGAGGGACAUGACAUGUUCGAGUUCAUGACAGCAGACGAACACAAAGUUGUCAUUGAUAAAAUUAGGCACGUCAUUAUCGCAACAGAUUUAGCAUUGUAUUUUGGGAACCAGAAGUAUCUAGAAAACUUACUGGAGAACAAUGAGUUUGACAUGAAUUUAAAGGAGCAUCGGGAAGCUCUAUUAUCACUAAUGAUGACUGGCGCUGACCUAUGUGCUGUACCGAAACCCUGGGAAACCCAGAAACACACAGCCGAGUGUUUGUAUGAAGAGUUUUGGAUUCAGGGCGACAAAGAGAAAGAAAGAGGCCUACAACCAGUGCGUAUGAUGGAUAGAUUAUACAGGGAAGAGAUUCCGAAGCAACAGGUUGGAUUCAUCAAUUUCAUUUGUUUGCCACUGUAUACCACACUGUCAGCAUUGUUACCGGAAACGCAGCCAUUGUUAGACGGAAGUAACCGUAUUAAGGAAUGUUGGGAAAUGGUUACUAGGGAACAUAUGACGCGACGAAACACUCUCUGUUUUUGAGGAUAUAUCAUUAUAUAAAUGAUUAAUAAAUCUGAAAAUAAU